AUUGUCAACUAUCGUAAUUACAAAGCCCGUGUGGCUAUUUCGUAGGUUAUUUAUUACUAAUUCCACUUAAAACUAUAAUUUAAAUACGGAAAAAUGCAAGUGCCUCCAGUAUUUAUUGACAUGUCCCCCGAGGACCAAGCCCAAGAGCUGCGGGUUUAUCUGAAGAGUCUCGGGGCCGAAAUUUCCGAGGAAAAAUCCCCUAAAGGCAUAGAGGAUGAUUUGCAUAAAAUAAUAGGCGUUUGCGAUUCGUGUUUUAAAGAGGGUCUAGAAAACGACGUGGAAAUUGUGUUGAAUGAUAUAGUAUCGAUAAUGGUUUUGAUUCCUUUAGACAGGUCCGAAAACAUUAUUUUGGCUUUUUGCGAGAAAUUGACGAGAGCACAGGGCCCGAAAUUGAGCUUAGUUUGUCUCAGAGCUCUGUGGUUGCUCUUCCAAAGUCUCGACGACCGUUCGCCCAUGCGUUAUCCAGUUUACUAUCAUCUCAUCCAGAUAGCCAAGCAAACCGAUUCAGUAAAAAUGGUAUUCCAGGACAUCGAUCACUUGAAACAACAGUUCGCCAAUUGCCCUCCGUCGAAUGAACAACUCCAAAAGCUGUACAGACUCUUGCAUGAGGUGCUCGUAAAAUCCAACAACAGUGAACAGGCGGCUUUGGUUAUGAUCGAAUUACUCGGCACAUACACUGAUAAAAAUGCUUCGCUGGCUCGAGAAGAUGCUAUCCAUUGUAUAGCAUCCGCAUUGGCCGAUCCCAAUACUUUCCUGCUGGAUCCUUUGUUGUCCUUGAAGCCUGUUAGGUCUCUGGAAGGAGAAUUGAUUCACGAUUUACUGAAUAUAUUUGUGAGCGAAAAUUUAACGGCUUACUUGAAAUUUUAUAAGGAACACCAGGAGUUCGUCAAGGCACAAGGUUUAAAUCACGAGCAAAACUUGCAAAAAAUGAGAUUGCUGUCGUUCAUGCAAUUGGCCGAAAGCAACCCUGAAAUAUCAUUCGAUGUUAUUGAACAAGAACUCCAAAUCAAGCCGGAGGAAGUUGAAAGUUUCAUCAUCGAAGUAUUGAAAACGAAGUUGGUGAGAGCUCGAAUGGACCAGUCUUCGAGGAAAGUGUUCGUAUCGAGUACGAUGCACAGGACGUUCGGAAGGGCGCAAUGGCAACAAUUGCGCGAUUUGUUGCAUUCGUGGAGAGGCAAUUUGAGCAGCGUCCAGGAAGGCAUGAAGACAAUCGCCGCCGCCCAAUUGGAGCUUAUGAACCAACAGCAACAGUAACUUCUUGAUUUUUCGUAACUUGUAAUAAUAAAAUAACAUCAAAGGAUGCGGGAA